UGCCCAUCCUGGAGUGGCUGCCGAACUACCGCGUGAAGGAAUGGCUGGUCAGCGAUAUCAUCUCGGGGGUCAGCACCGGCCUCGUCGCUACCCUGCAAGGUUUGGCAUAUGCUUUGCUGGUGGCAGUUCCUGUUGGAUACGGUCUCUAUUCUGCCUUUUUCCCCAUCCUGACAUACUUUUUCCUGGGAACAUCAAGGCACAUCUCAGUUGGUAACUGCAUGUGUUGAAGUUACAGUAAAUUAACUAUUACAAAAUGUUAAACCUUAUUGCGAACAUCAGUCUUUCAUACGAUGGCUACUUUUUGAACCAUAUUGGUUAUGACGAAUAUUAAUAUUUGUGGGUUUGGGGGACUUAAGACUUAUUUCUUCUCUGUACAGGCAGCUGUGCAUAAUAGCUAACGUCACUUGUUCCUAUGCAUGCCUUUCACUUGCAUUUAUGCUGAAGUUUAAAUUUUGUCUUUGGCUACACUCUAUGCAAGAAAUUACAAGAUAAAGCCUGCCUCAGCAGGCAAUAAGAACAGACAUUUUGUCUAUCACCUAAAGCUCAAGAUGGCUAAAACAGGUCUUUUAGUCUUCUCCCCAAGCCUUCCUUGCUACAUCCUUCUUUGAUCACUGUGGCCAAUAUCACCUUCUUGCCUGUCGCGGAGACCCAGAACCUGUGUCUACUCCAGCCUCGCUCUAGGUCCUCACAUCAAGGCUAUGGGUCCAUUCCCUGUCGUCAGUUUGAUGGUGGGAUCUGUCGUAUUGAGCAUGGCCCCCGAUGAUAAUUUUCUCAUAGAUGGCAGUAAUGCUACAGGGAUUAAUGGUACUGGGACGCUGAUAGACACGGAAUCCAGAGAUGCACAGAGAGUGCUGAUUGCUAGCACCCUCACAUUUCUGGUUGGAAUUUUACAGGUAAUAUUUGGAGUCCUUCAGAUUGGUUUCAUUGUGAGGUACCUUGCAGAUCCACUAGUUGGGGGAUUCACAACUGCAGCUGCUUUUCAAGUGUUUGUGUCGCAACUGAAAAUAGUCCUAAAUGUUUCAACUAAAAACUAUAAUGGUGUCCUUUCCAUAAUAUACACUCUUAUUGAAACGUUUGAAAGAAUUGGUACCACCAACAUUGCAGAUCUUAUUGCCGGACUCCUCACCAUUUUUGUCUGCAUGGUAGUUAAAGAAAUAAAUGAUCGAUUCAAACACAAGAUUCCUAUACCGAUUCCAAUAGAAGUUAUUGUGACAAUAGUAGCCACUGGCAUUUCAUAUGCUGCCGACUUGGAAAAAAAAUACAAUGCAGGCAUUGUUAAGAGCAUCCCAAGAGGAUUUUUGCCUCCCGAACCUCCAGAUGUCAGCCUGUUUUCCCAGAUGAUAGCAGCCUCCUUUUCCAUCGCUAUUGUUGCCUAUGCUAUUGCUGUAUCUGUGGGGAAAGUAUAUGCAACCAAGUAUGACUAUGCUAUUGAUGGAAACCAGGAAUUUAUUGCCUUUGGGAUCAGCAACAUUUUUUCUGGUGCCUUUUCUUGUUUUGUUGCAACGACUGCUCUUUCACGGACUGCAGUCCAAGAAAGUACUGGUGGAAAGACUCAGGUUGCUGGUAUAAUCUCAGCCGGGAUUGUUUUGAUUGCCAUUGUUGCCCUGGGGAAAUUGCUAGAGCCCUUACAAAAGUCUGUGUUGGCAGCUGUAGUCAUAGCUAACUUGAAAGGGAUGUUCAUGCAAGUGUUUGAUGUUCCCCGUCUGUGGAGACAGAAUAAAGUGGAUGCUAUGAUCUGGGUUUUUACAUGUGUAGCAUCCAUCAUUCUGGGACUUGAUUUGGGAUUGCUUGCUGGCCUUUUGUUUGGAUUGCUGACAGUUGUGCUGAGAGUUCAGUUUCCUUCAUGGGGUGGCUUUGGAAACAUUCCAGGCACAGACAUAUACAGGAAGGUCAAGGACUACAAAAAUGUUGUAGAACCAGAAGGUGUGAAGAUCCUCAAGUUUUCAAGUCCAAUUUUUUAUGCUAACAUUGAUGGACUGAAAAGUAGCCUCAAAUCCACAGUGGGAUUUGAUGCAGUCAAGGUAUAUAAUAAGAGACUGAAAGCACUAAGGAAGAUACAAAAGCUAAUCAAGAAGGGGAAAUUGAAAGCUACUAAGAAUGGCAUCAUCAGUGAUCCUGGCAUAACUAAUGAAGCUUUUGAGACUGAUGAGGAACCUGAAGACAAUGAAGAUCUUCAAGUUCCCACCAAAGAAGUAGAGAUCCAGGUGGACUGGAAUUCAGAUCUGCCAGUCAAAGUAAACAUCCCCAAGGUGCCGAUCCACAGUCUCAUUCUUGAUUUUGGAGCAGUAACCUUCUUGGAUAUUGUAGCUGUGAGAUCAAUAAAAACGAUAAUUAGAGAGUUUGAGAGAAUUGAUGUGAGAGUAUACUUUGCUUCAUAUCAAGACAACCUUAUAUCUCAGCUGGAACGGAGUGCCUUCUUUGAUGACAUUGUCAGAAAAGACAUAUUCUUCUUGACUGUUCAUGAUGCUGUGCUCUAUAUAAGGAAUCAAAUGACAUGCAGUGACAACCAGGAUCCCAUAUUUGAGAAGAUUUCACUUAUGCAGGAGUCUAAAGAACCUAUAGAAUUCACAGAAACAACCCGGCCUGAUGACGAGCUUGAUGUUCAGGAAGAGGCUAUGCGCAGACUGGCUUCCUGAAGAGGGACUGCUGGGACUUUCUUACCUGUGAAUUCACAGCAAUAUUUAUGCACCGGUAUUAUAUACGCAUUUUCUGCAAUGAAACCAAUCGUGGCACUUGAAGAAAACCCUGAUUCUUAGUCUGAAUGAUACAGAUCUCUAGAAAUCUCCAAAUUUUAGCUAACGUUAUCCCUGAAAUAUUCUGGACCUUGAUUCAGCGAGCACUUUUCAGUAUGAUAUCUUGAUAAAAAAUCAGAAGACUGUUAUGAAAGAUGUACUCAGUUCGGGGAGUAGUCAGGCAAAAGGUGCAUUACACUGCUACAUCUGUGUGUACAGGAAGAAAAGCUGCGUUGCGCUCCGCCCAGGGGAGUUGAAGAGACCAAGAUCUUUGGAUUGCAGGCCUUUUGUCGUGUCUUUGUACAAUGCCUAGCGAGAGGGCAGGAGUUCUAGCUGGCCAAGUUUUGGCAAUUCUAGAAGAUUUGUGUCACCUUCCUGAAAAAUUUAUCUACAGUGUUCUUUCCAAGCAAUUCCGUAAAUUGCUACAGGUUGUUGGAUAGCUGAUUGGAGAGCAGGUGACAGGUGGAACAGCCACACGAACAGAAAACUGCACUGAACUACUAAAAACUUUAAACAGAGCAAGUUUCAAUAGUAAAGACAUUUGGAUGUGGGUUUAUUAGCUUUGUAUUAAUCCCACCGUAGCAGAUCAUGCACUACUAUUAAUGAUCAUCCCUAAAAUGAAGUAUCCACAGCAGAUUAUUUUGGCUAGUUUACAUACCUUUCAUCAAUAGGCAGAUUCUGACCUGGGUUAGAUUAAUAAAAAUCGUAACGGAAUCCGUACAACAGGCUGCUACUGAAUGCAAGUAAGAGUCAGAAUGUGACCUACUAUAGAGUGCUUUUUUUUUUUAAUUAAAUAUAGGAAAUUAAUUAGUUUAAUGAAUAGUUCUAUUUUUAUAUAGCGUAUUUUUUCUUUUAAUAUUCUACAUCAGACUGCUGCUGUUCUUUUGCAGGAAAUGUCUAGGCAUUUGACAGUCCAUAAUGCACAAGUGCAAUAAUUUUCAAAAGAUAAAGGAGUUGAACUGCACAACUUUACUCCUUGUUUUAGGAGUAUAUAAAAUAGAUAUGCAAUAAGUCAAUGUUCUUAAUUUUCAUGAAAAAGAAGUGUGUUUUGAUGGAAAAUGGACUACUACCUUAAAUAUUUUAGCACUAUAUUUUUUAAUGGAAAAAAAGAACUGCAUGGUGAGGGAAUAUAUAAUAGCAAAAGUAUAUGAAAUGUCCAGUAUAAAGGCUCUCUAAUAUUUAAAAUUCACAAUUUUGGCUAAAUAGCUUCAGUACAUUCACAUACUUGAGUCUCCUUAUUUGAUUCCAUCAGAGAAAUUUUCCCGUAUCUCACUGCACUGAGAUUUUUUUUGCUGCCAGUAAAGUUAGUGGAAAGUCUCAGGUGAAAAGCUAAGCACUAAAUAAAUUAUUCUGCCCUUAAGACCUGAGUGAACUCCAUUAAAAUCAGUGGGGAAAAAAAAGAGUCCUAUAAAAUUCAAUCAGUUGGAUGGGAUCCUUACUCAGUGGUUAACAGCAUCAACCUGACAUCUUUAUUCCCUAAUUAAGGCAAAAGCUUCAGUCUUCAUGACAGUGAAGUUUCUCAUUUCAAAUGCACCAGAGGUUUGAACCUGAAAGGUACUGGCAUUGCAGUCCAAGCCAGCAAAAACCUAGGUUUCUACGUUAGCAAUGCUUAGGCUCAGACUGGGAUUUAACCACGCGUGCCUUUAGCACAACCCCUCCUCAUUCUCUGCCCUUCCGUUUGGCAGCACCACUUCUGUGACGUUACUGACAGAACUUUAGCGUCAGGCCGUGGCCCCAGUUUAUACUAACCCGAAUAUAAAGCACUACCGCCGGGGUCUGCGGCACACAGCAGCGAAGGGCAAGGCCGGUAGCGUGUUUCUCAGAGGCUGCACGCUUUAUGGAAAAAGCAAAAUGAAAAUAUUCUACCUGGGAUUUAUAAAAGAGCUUCCGGCUAGUUUUUAUGCAGAACACAUGCUAUGGAAAAGAUGGUAUAAAAAUUAUAGCAGGGAUUAUUUUUCCCCUCAAAAGAACAUUUGCACUGUGAAGUUUGAGCAUAGAUUCUUGACAAAAAUGUGGCCUUAUCUGUUGAACCUUCUCCCGUUCUUGUCCACGUAGGUAUUUAGAAAAAUAAAAUAAAAAUUUUGACACUCUUGUUCUGUCCAAACAUGACAUUUCAGCUGGAAUCAGUUGUGUUAAUACAUGAUGCAAUGCACUUACUCUCAUUCUUGGCUUGUGUAUUUCUUCAAGGUAUAAUUGCACUCAACCUUUCCUGAAUAAUUGUGUUCCACAAAAAGCCUACAUUUACACAGACUGGUAACAGGCAUCACGCAGCAGGCAUUCAUACACCUUUUUCAGAGGGGAAGGAGUAUGUGAGUUUCUAUCUAAUUAUCCAUCAAAAUGAAGGAUACCAAAACAAUUUUGCAUUGAAGCUAAAAUUCUACCCAAUUUUGUACUAAUUCAAACAACCACAAGUAAUGCAACUAAAGGUACUGAUUUUUUUUUCCCCUCAGUGGAAUGAAGAAGUGACUUUUUUUGUAUGCAUUUUGAGUAUUAUUAUUUUGUCUUUGCGUAUCAGGUACUACAUUUGGAGAUGCAUUUUAACUUUAUUACCCUUUUAAAAAGUGGCAUUUUGAAAGUAAUUGUAUUCAUUAACUAGAAAAUAAAGUUGUGCAUACUGAAAAAAUACUAUAUGCAUCUGCAUUUUUUUAAACUUCUUCUCUUUGUGAAUUUGUAUGCUGUGGAAAUGUGCUUUGCACAGAUCGGUGCCUGUUUCUCCUUGGCUCUGCCUCUCAACAAACAAAAGAAACAAAUGCCAAACCUGUUCUCUCCACCUUUUGGAGAUAAGACAAGAAACGAGAGGCUUAAAAGGCUGUUUUGUGAAGCUAGGGCUAUAAAGAUACCGGAGAAAGUUUUCUGUAGGGACACAAGGUCCCCAUCCUGAGGACUUAAAGUGGGAUGCUCACCAGUCCGGAGUGUUUGGAGUUGUCCCAGCCUUAGUUAGGAGGUACUACGAGAUUGAGGUACCGAAGGGCCUUGAGCACUUGAGGCUGGAGGGCCUUUUCAGCCCUAUAGCCUGGGAUUUCAUUAUUUGUAUAUUCCUUCAGUGCUAUACACAUUCUUUGCAUAGUAUUUUCAAAACCCUAAAUUUAUAGAAAUCCAGAAAGUAGUCUCUGGGGCAGGGCGCUCUUCCUAUGAAGCUUUAGUACAUACUGGAGGUCCCCUGUUCCAUCAAGCCAUGUUAAGUUUUUAUAAACCUGCUUACAGGAUAGCUCCAAUCAUAAGGCAUUUACCACUUCCAGAGUAAAACACAGGUCAGUCAGCAGCUGGCAGAGCCCAGUGCAGUUUCAGAUUUAUUUAAUUUGUUAGAAGCCCAGCGUACCAGGACACCAUCCCCCUAGGCUGCCAGGCAGGGCUCCUGAACAGGACACGCUGCCUCAUUUUUACUUUUUAUCCUUCCCCAAGAAGGCACAGGGUCAGGUUUUGUCAGAGCAAGGUGAGGCUGGCAGGGCCCUCUGGAGGCCAGCUGCUCCAACCCCUGCCCAAGCAGGGACACCCAGAGCAGGCUGCCCAGGACCGCGUCCAGGCGGCUUCUGAAGGUCUCCAAGGAGGAGACCCCACAGCCCCUGCGGGUAGCCUGUGCCGGCGCUCGGGCACCCGCACAGCGCAGAAGGGACCCGCUGUGCCCCAGGCCGUGCCCGCUGCCCCUUCUCCUGGCCCUGAGCCCCCUGCCAGGACCCUGCCGCCACCCCUUCCCCUCACAGAUCCCCCCAACAUGGCGGCCAGCCCCACUCCCACCUCCCCCUCCCUCAUCGCGCAUGCGCGGGAUGCCCGGCACUACAACUCCCAGCAUGCCCCGCUCCCCCGCCGCCAUCCCGUCAGCCACCGCGGCACCACCCCCCCUCCACCC